AUGACUAACUUGGGCAAUCUGAAUUACUUUCUAGGUGUUAUUGUAACUUGGGACGAACAAGGCAUGUUUCUUGGUUCUAUAAACGACAAGGCACCAUUUCUCUUUCCGGCACCAAACUUCUCUUCUUCACAUGCUUUCUCUCUCUACAUUCUCAAUGCUCCAUUGAUUCAACUCUUUGUUUACUCAUUGACUGCGCAUUUCCACGAGCCACUUUCCAGAUCUACACAGAAAAAAAGGGUUCUUCAAUAUGAAUCGCAAGAUUCUUCAUUAGAUGGUGUUCAUCUUCUUCUUCAAGAGGAUAUGCACUUGAUGUCUUUAGAUCAUCAUAUCAUUCAAAUCAAACAAUCGAUAUCCCUACAAAUUCAUUGA